CUGAACUAUCGCAUCUUUUAUCAGAAGAGAUUGCUAUCUAUAGCUCAGCUAUGAGGAAAAUGCGGGUUGAGACGAAAAGCUUUUACGCGUCUGAAGAAAAGCAAGCAGCUUGAGUCACUUGGAUGAAGUCAAAAGUGACAUUUUCAACCUCACCAGCGCAUGAGGUGGGACGGCAAAGGAAGAGGGUGUCUCAGAAGCCCACCAAUCGCUUCGGGCAUAUCCAGCCACAGAGAUCGGGAGUUUGAAGACUGACAGAAGAGGGAAUUAUUCCGUCGUGAAUGUUGAACCUGCUGUGUUUUGGGUUUGUGGUUGGAAAUUCGUGGCACUAUACUGGCCACGCCUUACCAGCCAUGAGCCUGCCGCCUAAUGGCAGCCAGCAGUCACCUCACCACCAUCUGCCACCUUCUGAAAGUCCAUCCUCCUCUCAGCAGCAUUAUCCUUCUCCAAGUCGGCGCCAGAAAGUAUGCGGAGCUUGCGGAGAUCGCGCCAAGAGUUACCACUUUGGUGGCAUCUCUUGUGAUAGCUGCAAAGCUUUCUUCAGGAGAUCGGUACAAAACGAAGCUUAUAAGAACUUUCACUGUCCUUACGAAGGGAAAUGCGAGAUCACUAUUACGUCUCGGAAAUGCUGCCAGUACUGCAGGUUCAAAAAAUGUUUGUCGAUUGGUAUGGAAACAGGAUGGGUUAUGACGGAGGAGGAACGCCUUCAGCUUGUAAAAAACAGAAUGGAACGUAAGCAACGACAGGGGGCUUCCGAAUCUGUACAUCAAGCGACAGAAUCUGGUAAGAAACCCCAUCGGACAACUUCUUUCACCGAGUACGAGCCAGAUAUUAAUGACUUACCUAAGUACCUAGCUCCCGAGGAUAUGCGAACGAUUGAAACUCUCGUCAAUGCUUACGAAGCGAGUUACACCGAAGUGCCUUUCAGUGAACAUCUGCACAAAGUAGGAUCUGCAUCUGGCAGAACACGAACAGAAAUUCUUGAUAUGUUUUUUACUGCUGUGAAACAGUUUACGAAUUUUUCGCAGAGGCUGGAUACCUUUAGCAAGAUUCAACAACAUGAUCAAGAAAUAUUACUUAGGACAGGUGUCCUGGAAUUGUGCUUUAUUCGAGGCGCGUACGUCUAUGAUGAAAAAUUAUCUAGAUGGCCACACAUAGGAAAACCCAUGUACCGUGAUUCUCCUACACUAGACGCGGAAGAUAUAAAAAAAUUGGUCUCGCCAGAGUUAUUCACUAAGCAUAUGGAAUUCAUACGAAGCAUUAAAGAACUCCAUCCUGAUGAGGCGACUACAAUGUUGCUUUUGGUAAUAGUUCUGCUUUCACCAGAUAGACCAGGUCUUGAAAAUGAAGUUUUAGUAGCCGAGGAACAAGAGAAGUUCUACAUUCUUAUGAAAAAGUACAUGCUUUGGCGUUAUGGAGAAGAAAAUACUUUAAUAUUGUAUCCUAAGCUUUUGUUACGGCUUCCCGAUUUGCGGGAACUUAAUGACAAUCAUACUGACUAUAAUUUAAGAUUAGGUUCCGAAGAAAUACAACAAAUUCAACAAAAACUUUCGUCCCUGAAGAUUGAUUCCUGUUUUCAAAGAUCAGAUGUUAGUAGUAGUAGUAGCCCUGCUCCGAGGGGUUCUUCGACUCCAGGACACAGUGGGACAUCUGGUUUUGAAAUGGGUUCCCGCACCCCUUGGAGCUUGAGGAGGGAUGUUUUGAGAACUCCUUCUUCUCCAUAUUCGCAAGAGGAAGAAUCGAGUUCUAGUGAAAGUUCAGACAGAAUGUUACCUUACAGAAGUUAAGAAAUGAACUUAAUUACAAUGCAAAAUUUUCUUCAUGUUUUGUAUGGUGUUCUGUGUUUUUCAUAAGUUUUAUUUUAAAUAUUUUCUUUGUUUUAACUUAAAGGCAGCUACAUCUGAGCAUUCGAAGCAGUUUAAGUGUAGUAUGUUACAGAUUUAGAAGGGUUAUACAUAGUUAAGAAGGUUGAAUUUUACUUAAUUUAUUUAACAUUUUUCACUUUUCAGUUACUGGGUACACGAAGACAACAAAUUUGACCAGGAACAAAUCACAAACUCAUUUGAUAGAAUUCUGAAAUGGUAUAAUUUGCUUACUACUCUGGUGCUUGUUGUAAAUAAUUCUUAAAGGACAUGAUACAUUUCAAAGCCCUUUUUCUAUGUAUCUGUCUGAUUUUUUCCCACUUUUUGUUCAGAAAACAAUAGCACAAACAUAUAAGUUUAAUUUAAGGGAAAAAAUCCACUAGUAUUUUACAUCCAGCGUUUCUUAAUAAAUAUAAUUAAUUAGUUCACUAUUAAACUGUCACGAAUGAAAUUUUCAAGUUACGUAAUUAGGUCAUUGCAUAAAAAUCUCCAGAAUUUUGUUUGUUUCAUUGUCUGUUUAGUAGUUAUUUAAUUUUCUUCCCAUUUUCAAAAUUUUGAAUGAAAAAUUUGUUUUGGUUGAAUUUUUUUUUAUAUAUAAUUUGGAGACUAAAUCAUUGUUAUCAUCAACGCUUAUGUACACGUCAUUUAUAGUACUUAUGAUGUAACAUCUUCGAAUCGGAAGAAACAUUCUUUUUCUUCAAACAAACAAAUUCUGUUCUGAAGGCUCACAAUAAGCUGUAAAUUAAAAGAAAGUAGAAAUAUUUGUUAAUGGUACAAUAUAAUAUGUAUGCCUUAUCAAUUAGAAUGCCUAGUUAUAGUCUGGCAGUGUAGGAGAUAUAUUGUAAUAGGGAACAAAACAGUAUGAAUUUUUUUUAACCAUGUGAACAACUUGGCGCACAAUGAUUUCGUGUUAAAAUAUUGCUGUUAAGUGUUAUUAGUCAAAGUUAUGACAUGCUUGCAAAUCCUCAAAAUUAAAUUAACUCUUGUUAAAACAGUUAUGCAUUUUAUCUGAAAUUCUAAUUUUAAUGCUAAUUUUAGAAAACGAGUUGUAACAAUAGGUUAAAAAUAAAUGUUUCGUCUAUGUUUUUAAUCUUAUGAAGCACUUGUUUUUAACAACUGAGCUUGUAGAGAUGAUUUUAACGAUUGUAAAACUAGCAUUUAUUUUUUAUAAACGGUGAUAACUGACAUAAAGACUGCAUAUUAAUUAGUUAUGAUUGUACAACAGAUAAAAUUUCUAUAGCUUCUGAAUAUUAAUACAUUAUUUUAAUUAGAAUUUAUGUUGACUAUUUGUUUGGCCAUUAAUCGAGCUAUAAAAACAUUAAAAAAGCUAUAUUUAUGAAAUACGCUGAAUAACGCAAAAGCUAUUGACAAUAUAAAAUAUUUCCAUAUUUUUAAUGAGUUGUUACUUUCAUUAUUUUCCUGCAAAAUUGAUUUCUCUUUUUAACAUGCUGGUACACUUGUUUGGUAUGUACCAUGUCAUAUUACUAAUUUAAUCGGACAAAAAUACAUUUUAAUGUUAUGAUUGAACAUGGUGGAAACUAGAAGUAAAGUUAGUAGAUAAUUAAGAAAGUAAUGGAAAUUUUAUAUGCAAUAUAAUGUUUUCAUUUAACUGCUAAAUUUGUUAUCUUGAAAAGAUUUUAAAAUAUUAUUACAGUUUUUGAUGUAAUUCACUAGUAUAUAUAUCUAUAUCAUACAUGAACAGAUUUGCUCCAUUUAACAUUGCAUAAAAUUUAUAAUUAAAUUGCUUACAUUUACUAUUUAUUACAUAUUUUGAACAUUGAAUCACUUUAAUAAGCUAAUUUUAUAGGAUUACUGGAAUAUUUACUAUUUACUAGUAUAAAAUUUUAACAGCAUUUCAUUGCAGCAAUACUUUAAAAUAUAAUGAUAAGAUUCAAGAAUUUAAUAUUAAAAACAUUCAUUAAUAAAUGAGUGUUUCUAAUAUUAAAGCAUAAAUUAAUACUAAGCAUAAAAUUUCCAUUGUAUGUUGAAAAAUGUUAAUUUUAGUACAGAUAACAAUUUAAAUUAUAAGAAAUGUAAAUUACUAAUAAGGACUAAGUUCGAGAUUAUAGUACUUUAUUGUGUCUUAUAUUUCGAUUAGGAAUAUUCGAUCAUGAAACUUGUCAGUUGUAUUAAGUAUAAUGAAUCAUAAUCUCACAUAUCGUGAAUUUUGUUUGGUAAUCAGUGGCUUGUAACUAAAAUAUCUAAAUAUCCAUUUGCGCUAUGAAACUUGAAAAAUUCUUUGCAAAUAUUUAAAACAUAUUACGGAUAGAAUAUGAAAAGUUUUACAAAUUUUGUAAAAGUUAUGGGUUAUGUAAAUUAUCAUAUUAUUCUUGUUCAUGAAAUUUAAAUCAUCCUAUGCAUUUUUAACUAUGGAGAAUUAUUAUGUGGCAGAGAAAGACAUUUUUAAGAAAUUGGUUUUCAAAGGGCAUGCUGUAUAUUGUGAGAGACUGAAACUGCUUAUUUUUUGUAAUUCUGCGAGAAAAGAAUUACUUUUAGAGAAGUUUUUUUAGUGAUAUUGUUGUAACAGAAUAUGAUAUUGAUGCAGUUUGACAUUUUAUUUAACGUUUGAACAGUGUUAUUUAUUAAAUUGUUGUUGAACUCAUAUUUAAACAGUGAUAUCCUAUGAAAGCGUUUGAGAAAUACUUCUCAAUUAAGCAUAUUCUAAUGCCUGAUGUGCAGUACUUAAGUUUUAUAAAUGGUUCGGAAAAUGCAAUGUGACUGGUUGAUGAAAUUUAAGUGCUGCCAUAUAUCUGAGCUGUGAUGUGAUAGUGAGUGAUCGUGUGAGUGCAAUUUAUUCACAUGUCAAUAAACUGAUUUAUACAUUUAAA